AAUGUCUGGCUAGGUCACAUUAUCUUACCCUUCAAAAAAUACCGGUUUUACUUGGGUGUUUUGUCAGGGAGUGACUUUAUGGCAGAUAUAAUGGGUCGUUAAGUCUCUCGGUGUUAGCUAAUUAGCAAAAAGUAGCUCGAGAUAAUUUUGCACACCACACUUCGCCAGCAAGGGAACGGGUAGCAGUGAUGCUAGCUAACGUUAGCAGUCGGUCGCGGUAAAGGUGGCCGUUAAAUCUUCAUGUGUGGGUAAUUCCGAGUACAACUCGACGCGCAUUUUAUUGUUCAACCUUCGACAUGUCCAAAUUGGCUCGCCUAUAAUAGUUAUCCUGUGUAUUAGCCAAAGUUAGCAUUAGCGUAACGUUAAAGCUUGCGUUGAGUGAAGCACGAGGUCAGGAGAUCAUGCGCGGUGCUAACACGACAACGUGCUAAUUUUACGUUUGGGGACGAAUUAAAGGGGAUUUUGCUUUAACACAGACGCUGUUUACACGUUUCCAAAUCAACUUUACAGUGAAUAAAAUGGACGAGUGGGAAGAAGAGGGAACUACCACUAGUACUAUUGCACCAACCAGCCAAGGAGAUACCUGGAACACUGGUGGUGGAGAAUUUAGCAGGGGUCGUGGUGGAAGAGGCAGAGGCAGACAAGGAGGAUUUAAAAGCUCGUUCUCCUCAGGUGGUGAUGAGAAUGGGAACGAUCAGGACACUUGGAACCAUGCAGGAGGAGACAGAGGUGGUUUCAGAGGGAGAGGAGGACGCAGAGGGCGCGGCAGAGGAUUUGGCGGGACGGAUGGCAGUGAAUUCAGUGGAGAUGAUAAUGGAGUGUGUGAAAAUGGGUUUAGAGGAGGAAGCCGAGGAGGAAGAGGCGGCAGAGGUUUCAGACAAGGUGGUGACCAGGGUGGCAGAGGAGGCUUUGGAGGAGGCUACCGUGGGAAAGAUGAGGAGGUCUUUGCUAAAGGGGAUGACAGAGAUCCAGAGAAGGAUGCAGGCGAUGGUGACAAGCCAAAGGUCACGUAUAUUCCCCCGUCCCUUCCCGAUGACGAAGACUCCAUUUUCGCCCACUACGAGUCAGGCAUCAACUUCGACAAGUAUGAUGACAUCAUGGUGGACGUCAGUGGAACCAACCCACCACAGGCCAUCAUGACUUUCGACGAGGCAGCGUUGUGCGAGUCCCUGAGAAAAAACAUCAAGAAGUCUGGUUACGUGAAGCCGACCCCUGUGCAGAAGUACGGCAUCCCCAUCAUCUCUGCCGGCAGAGAUCUCAUGGCCUGUGCCCAGACUGGAUCUGGUAAAACGGCUGCGUUCCUGCUCCCCAUUCUGCAGCAGCUGAUGGCAGACGGUGUGGCAGCCAGUAGCUUCAGCGAGCUGCAGGAGCCUGAGACCAUCAUCGUGGCCCCGACCAGAGAGCUCAUCAACCAGAUCUUCCUGGAGGCCAGGAAGUUUGCCUUUGGGACAUGUGUGCGUCCAGUCGUGGUGUAUGGUGGAGUCAGCACUGGACACCAGAUCAGAGAGAUCUGCAGGGGCUGCAAUGUGGUGUGUGGAACACCAGGGAGGCUGUUGGAUGUGAUCGGACGAGGAAAGAUUGGGUUGAGUAAGCUGCGCUACUUGGUGCUGGACGAGGCAGACCGGAUGCUGGACAUGGGCUUUGAACCUGACAUGCGCCGUCUGGUGGGCUCCCCUGGAAUGCCACCCAAAGAGAGCCGCCAGACUCUGAUGUUCAGCGCCACCUACCCCGAGGACAUCCAGAGGAUGGCCGCCGACUUCCUCAAGACUGACUAUUUGUUCUUGGCUGUGGGUAUUGUGGGCGGAGCCUGCAGUGACGUGGAGCAGUCAUUUGUGCAAGUCACCAAGUUCUCCAAGAGGGAGCAGCUCCUCGACCUCCUCAAGACCACUGGAACGGAGCGCACCAUGGUGUUUGUGGAGACCAAGAGACAAGCUGAUUUCAUCGCCACUUAUUUGUGCCAGGAGAAGGUUCCAACUACGAGCAUCCACGGGGACCGUGAGCAGCGGGAGAGAGAGCAGGCUCUGGCUGACUUCCGCUCCGGCAAAUGUCCCGUCCUGGUGGCAACUUCUGUCGCUGCCCGCGGUCUGGAUAUUCCCGAUGUACAGCACGUGGUGAACUUUGACCUCCCCAACAACAUCGACGAGUACGUCCACCGUAUUGGGAGAACUGGCCGCUGUGGGAACACUGGGAGGGCGGUGUCUUUCUACGACCCAGAUAAUGAUAACCAGUUGGCCCGCUCUCUGGUCACGAUCCUGUCCAAGGCUCAACAGGAAGUGCCCGCGUGGUUAGAGGAGUCGGCGUUCAGCGGCGGGGGCGGAGGCUCAGGCUUCAACGCCCCCAGGAAAAGCUUUGCCUCCACAGACUCCAGGAAGGGAGGAUCUUUCCAGGACAACAGUGUGAAGAGUCCUCCAGCUGCUCAGACAGCUAACGAUGAUGAAGAGUGGGAAUAGAGGACGAUCAGAUCAGAGCAGCACUCAUUCGCACAUUGACCUGAGUUAUUUUUCUUUUCCAGUGUUCAGCUUGUUGGAGUUUUAUCUAAAUAUUUGU